AUGAGCAUAUACUCGGCACUGUCACUCGCGUUGGCUGGAUCGGAAAGUGAUACGAGGGAGGAGCUGGUUUCCGUCCUAUCACUUGAUGCCGGCAAAGACAUCAACGCCAUCGUCCAAUCGCUUGGUGCGGAACUGGGUGCUGUGACCUGUGGUGAUGCGAAGAAGGCGUUGGUGGAGGCGAAUGGUGUGUUCAUCCAAUCUGGCAGUCACAUCAAAGAGACAUACACGAGUGCUGUGAGCAAGCACUUGAGGGCAGCCUUCAAAGAGGUAAUGUCACAUUGUGGUGUAUGGAGUUGUCAUUGCUGUUGCUGCUGCUGA